AUGGUCCCGAAUGCAUCCAAGAAGAGGCCUUCCUUUGCCAACGGUCCGAGAAUAGUAGUGGUGUCGAAUGGAUCCGGGAUCAUGUCUGUCACUUAUGGCGGCAGGGAACACGUUGCUGCGGAUAACACGGACGAGGUGAAUGAGCGCAGCGCCACUGGACACAAACUCCUUUCUUUAGAAAAUGGCGUUGCAGGCAGUGGAUUUGUUGCUGAGGGUGAUGCGGGCGGAUUGAGUCAACGCAAUGCCUCUGGACACGAAAACAAACCCCAAUUACGAGAAUUCACCGCGCAGUAUUCCGGGAGCGGUGUGAGUCCCGACGACUGCUUUGCCCUGCGCAACGACGCGAAAUUGACACUGCGAGAGUUAACAGUUGACGGCACUGUGCGUGGGCGCGUGUAUUGGGCGUUGCUGUUUCUUCUGGGAUUGUGUGGAGUUGUGGCAGACUUGUGA